GGAAGUUACAUGACGUACUCUGAGCUAGCUUGACGCGGCUAACGCUGAAGUUCCUCCUCUCGGUACCGACGAGAAAAAGAGAUGAAACGUCUUUUUUCUGUCAUUUUCUGUUGUUGAACCGCCGCUGACAAACCCCACAGUGCCCGAAAUGUCUCCAGAUUUCUGUGCUGAAUCAUCUCUGAAGAAGCGGAGUUCGCAUGAAAACACAAACUAAAAACACCAACAGCAGCGACAGGGACACUUCAUUCACAUCAGCUAGCUAUUAAUACUAAUUUUCCAGUUCUCUCGUUAGCUUUAGCCACGUUUUAUGCGAGUGAAACGAUGGCCUUCUUCGUGAAAAAGAAGAAAUUUAAGUUCCAGACUCAUCUGACCCUGGAGGAGCUGACCGCUGUGCCUUUUGUCAACGGAGUUUUGUUCUGCAAGCUCAGGCUGCUGGAUGGAGACUUUGUCGCCACUUCUUCCAGAGAGGAGGUUCAAGAAAACUGCGUUCGCUGGAGGAAGAGGUUUACCUUUGUGUCAAAAAUGAGCGCCAACCCCCACACCGGAGUCUUGGAUCCUUCUGUGUGCAGGGUGUCCGUCAGGAAGGAACUCAAAGGAGGAAAAGCAUAUACGAAGCUGGGCUUCACCGACCUCAACAUGGCGGAGUUUGCUGGUUCUGGCUCCACCGUGCGCUGCUGUCUGCUCGAGGGAUACGACACUAAGAACACACGGCAGGACAACUCCAUACUGAAGGUGAUCAUCGGGAUGACCCUCCUGUCUGGAGAUCCGUGUUUCAAAACGCCUCCCAGCACAGCAAAGUCCAUCUCCAUCCCAGGACGAGAACACACCCUGCAGCUGGACUGUAAGGGGGAGGGAACAGCCGAGCCUGGACCGGCUGGAGGCGUUUCCCUGGGCCGAACCGCCAAACCUCGACCCUCCAUCAUCAACUCAGGUCUCCUCGAUGAAUCAGAGGCGAACCAGAACCAGUCGGGUUCUGCUGAAGUCUUCCAGUCUGGUCACUCUCGUAACUCCAGCUACGCCAGCCAGCACAGCAAAAUCUCAGGCUACAGCACCGAGCACUCCUGCUCCUCCAGCCUGUCGGACCUCACGCAUCGCAGGAACACCUCGACGGGAAGCAGCGCAUCUGGAGGCCUGGGCUUCAGCCCCGACACACCCACAGAGGGCGACAAGGACGCCGGACGUCCAGAGAGACCCCCUCGACCCCCCCGGCCUGUCUUACCCCCGAACAGGCUUUCCAGGAGGAAGCAGGACUCGGUGGAGAGUCACCCCUCCUGGGUAAACGACACUCGUAUGGACGCUGACGACAUUGUGGAGAAAAUUGUCCAAAGCCAAAACUUUGCAGACAUCAACAACACUGAAGACAGUAACCUACGUCUGUUUGUGAGCAGAGAUGGAACCACUGCGCUCAGCGGCAUCAGGCUCGGAAACAGGGUGUCUGCGGGCGGGUACGAGCCUGUGGUGAUCGAGAGCCAUUAAACCGAGCGGCAGGAAAAGGCGACGUGUUGACCUGUGUGGAAUCGUCUUGUCUUCUUGUCUCGCCGGUUUUCCUGGAGCUUCAGCUGGUCUGACGCCGUGAUGGGGAAGAACCUCGUCCGUUUGCACUUUAUGUGAAACGCGUGGCGGUGCCUACUCGCCUCCGACUCAGAGCAAAAAGCACAGAUGCACAAAACGUUUUUCUCUGAGACUGCCUUUGUGAUGUGUUUACCUGCUUCUGUGUUGCAGUAACAAAUUUUGGGAUGGGGAUUUAAAGACACAGACACCAACAUCAUCCAUGCCUCUCCAGCUCAUUAUCCAUGCUAACACUGUACUAAUGACCAGCAUUAUUCAAAGGAGGAGGAGGGAAACAUUAGCUGCUUUCACACAUGCUCUGUAAGCCUGAAAUUGAUUGAGUCUGUGUGAAUCGAGCAGGUAAUCAGAGGAUUCACAGCGAGUGAGCGAAUGCGACUGCCAAUUAAAAUCCACAAAAAAGCAAACUGUUUCCCCAAAGAUCUAAUACAUCUUUAGCAUUUUUCUGCUCUUCUAGAUCGCUCUGUAGCAGUCUCACCACCUCCUGCGAUUUCUCUUAUUUUUUCCAGCUGUGAGCAGCUCCUCCAUUUCCUGUCUUCCUCUUUAUACAUUUAAUUUUGUGACUUCCGCUGGGACGCAGCUAACAUUCAUGCUGCUAAGUGUUAGCAUGGAUUAUGCCAUCAGUUUGUAGCGUUUAUACUAAAAAGCUAGCAUGCAGCACACGUUCUUGUUAAUUAAUUAGCUAUCAGAGUUUGUUAGUCUUACUUAAGUGACUCAUCUCGACUUGAGUGAGUAAGAAAACCAUCUACAAACCAUAUGGAUUAUCCACAGCAACCUCAGUCUAUAAAGCUACAGCAGGUUUGUAUCUUCUCAGGCACUUUGUCCAUCUUACUUUAAGCAGAUUUAACAUUAAACAUGUUCAGUAACUUGUACAUUGGGUGAUUGAAUUAGAAAAAGUGUCUGUGAAGAAGCAACAGAGUGUAGAGUGAAUUUGUUGUGGCACAGUUCGGGUUAAAAUGAUCUUUUUAGACUUGAAUUUCCAUGUUUACCAUGUGUGGAAAACUGUCUUUCAUCUGUGGAAAACCUUCUGUGUGUGAGUCAUGAAACUAUAUUAAAGCCAGUCACAGGCAGAGAGAGAAAUCCCCCAACUGUUACUAAUACUGUUAGUGACAGGAAGGCAGUGAGGCUCAGCAGAGCUGCAGGAUGGACUGGGGAUGUAUGGAUGAUAAUGGUUUUCAGUUGCGGUAGCAAAGCAGCCAAUUUAUUAUAAACUUGAUUGAUUAUACCCACAAUUUAACCACAGGUCUUUAGUGUUUUCACUGUGGAUUCAGUUGAUUAUUUUUUGUCUGUGUCUGUGAGAUAUUUUCUUUUCUUUCUCCCCUUCAUCACUAUCAAUCUGACACUUUUUUUAUUGCUGCAAACUGUCUGAAAUCCUGAGCAGGAAUCGUCCUGGCUCAGAGUUUACUUCAUGUGUUUUGAUUAGUUAGUUUUAGCAGGGAAAAGACAGGUUGAAAUAACUUUCUGUGCAGUUUACACGUCCUAAAUUUGAAACUGCAACACAUCCAACACUGAAUGUGAUCGAGAGUUUAUAAAACCACUGAGCAACUCUUUUUUUUUUUUUUGAUUGACGUUGUUGUUGCUGCUCCCUGUUGAUCAGGGAGGUGCAGUCGAACCACUAUGUGCCUGUGAAGUUUCUCUUAAAUGAUCCUAAAGCGCCAUGAAAGCUGUGAUAACAGAGUGCUUGUGAUGGUGAGGAGAGAAAUGUUGUUUCUGUUCAUUUGUUUAGUUCACUUCUUUUUGUUUUGUCGUAACUUUCAGGUGUAACCAUCUAAGAAACCCCACUGAAAUACUCACUGCAUGCUUGAUUACUGAGCUACUGCUGCGCUGUUGCUCCAUCUCCAUAAGGAAUUUAUUGAGGGGAAAAAAAGUUCUUUUCUUUCCUCAGCCAUCAGAAGUUAAAACAAAACGUGUGGUCAGCUGAAAAACACUAGUUCUGUGGUACAGGCUGUUCUGGUUUCACUCUGUCCAGCUGAAGAUGAAGAGGGAUUGUUGCAGUGGCUGUGACUGUUAAAAGUCUUUGUUGCCCCCUGGUGGAGCAACAGCCUGCUGUUAGGUUUUCUGUUGUGCUGACACAGAGGAGGAGGAUUUUAACAGCAAACCAGCUGGCUGGUUGAUGCUUUUUAAAAUUAGUGUUCUGUUUGAACUCAAGACGUAACAAGGAGGAUUUUAUUUGGUGCAGAGUCUUAAAAUCUUAUUUUUCUGUUUGUAAAAAAGGCGAAAGUCUGAGAAAUAAAUCUACUUUUUCACAUGCAGGUCAUUUGAACUUCAGAAAUCUCUUCAAUUAAGUUAAAUAACAUGAUUUAUAUAGCUUAAAACAGGAACUUAUUCAAUUUAUGAUCAUAUAAAAAAAGAAAAGCAGAGAAUUCUCACAUUGGAGAGCCUGGAACCAGCAAAAAAAAAAAAAUCAUAAAAAAAUAACUCUUUAGCAGAAUAUUUUCCCUUUUUUUUUAACAGUUAUCUACCUUUACGGCUCUAUUCUUUUUAAGUAUGGAUGUUUUUUUUUCCAGUGAAGCAGCAGUUUUCUUUCUUAUUUCACAUUUUCAUCACACUACGCUCAUUAAGCUGUUCACCUUUACACUACCCUGUUAUCUGUGUUUAUUAAUCACAUUGUUAGUGACUCUCACAUUUUGGGGAUGAACCACUGAUCGUAUAGUCUAAAUUUGGGUUUACGUCACCACAGCCUUUAGUAUUCUGUUAAAGCAUUUAUUUAUAUAUAUAUUUUUUUUUUGGGGGGGGGGUCUGGAGGUUGGUUAUAAGCUAUGCACACAACUCACCUCCCUGAGCUUUUUUCUAUUAGUAUUUCUAACAAAUUAUUCUAUUGUAACAAAGCUAGUAUAACCUAAAUUUAUUAGAGAAUUGAGUUGGAACUGUUCUUCCAAUAAUCAUGUAGUUACUACAGUCUUUUAUUUUCUGCAGAAAUGACUUCUAAACAAUAAAAAGCUAAUAUUGA